AUGGCAACUUGAUCCCACCUCCUAUUUCAAGACAGAGCUUCCCCUACUAUAGAACAAAUAAUUUUCUUUCAUGAUCACACAAUAAUUAUCUUAACCUUAAUUACAACUCUAGUUGUAUACAUAAUAAUAAAUACUAUAUACAAUUCCUUUACUAAUCGAGUUCUUUUAGAAGGUCAAGAAAUUGAAACGUUCUGAACCAUCAUCCCAGCACUCAUAUUAAUCUUUAUUGCCUUACCCUCACUCCGACUUUUAUACCUUAUAGACGAAAUUAAUAAUCCUGCUCUAACAGUAAAAACCAUUGGUCACCAAUGAUAUUGGUCAUAUGAAUACUCAGACUUCUCCUCCAUCGAAUUUGAUUCCUAUAUAAUCCCUAGAAGAGAAAACCUCCCCUCCUCAUUCCGAUUAUUAGAUGUUGACAACCGCACAAUCCUUCCAAUAAACACCCAAAUUCGAAUAAUAAUUACUGCUGGUGACGUUAUCCACGCUUGAACAGUUCCAGCUCUAGGUAUAAAAAUUGAUGCAAUCCCAGGCCGUUUAAACCAGUCCUCAAUUAUAAUUAACCGCCCUGGCCUAUUCUUCGGACAAUGCUCAGAAAUUUGUGGAGCAAAUCACAGCUUCAUACCAAUUGUUGUUGAAAGUGUAAACACUUCGUCCUUCAUCAAAUGAAUAAAUUCAAUAGUAGAAU